AUGGUAUCAAAGCGGUUUGCUCUAUGGGAAAGACAUACAGUAGUUGAAGCUUGGAUUUCAGAUAUCCAACUGCUGCACGACACACUCAAGUGUACAAAUGAGGAAAAGUUGACAUAUACCGUAUUAAGGCUAACUGGUGAAGCCCUUAAGUGGUGGAAGUCCCAAGUAGAGCUGAUAGGACCUGGUGUUGUUAUCACAUGGGAAAGGUUUGUUGAGGAAUUCAACAGGCAAUAUUUCCCAAGGUCUCAAAAGCAGAUAAGAGCUAUUGAAUUUCAUAACUGGGUGCAGGGUACUAUGACAGUGGAACAAUACUCAAUUAAAUUCACUAAGUUAGCCAGGUUUGGUAUUAAUCUAAUUCCAGAUGAAGUAUCUAAGACGGAACAUUUUGAAAAUGGCCUUAACUCUCGCAUCAAGGAAAGAGUUGUUUGCCAUGAGAUCAAAAGCUAUGCUCAAUUAGUGAACGUAGCAUCUCUUGCUGAGAGGGCAAUUCGUGAGACGUCUGCAGCUUACGAAAAUUGGAAACGAUCAAUGCCUCAGGCAUCCUAUCCCUCCAAACAAUUUGUCAUAAGGACUGGCUCCAAACUGGCGAAUUACAAGAUUUUUCCUCCUCUAGUAGGAAAUUAG